AUGCCCAAGUCGCGUGCAGAAGAUUGGUCCCAUCACACGCAUCCAGAUCGUGAGUCGCGCCAUCACGACGAUCGCCAUGGAAACGCAUCAAAGGACUAUAAAUCAUCCCGCGUGAGGGAGCGAUCUCCAAACAGGAGAUCGGAGGCACUCACAACCGAAGAACGCCGGAGCGCCUCCCCAGACGGAGAGUCAUACCGCACGCACAGGCCUCACAGUCACCAUCAUCGUCGUGAGCACAACCGGUCUCGUCAUACGUCGGAGGCUACUGCCGGUCCUGUGACGUUGCCGUUCUCGGCACGGACGCUCUCAAAGUCAGACUAUCGCACGUUUGAGCCGCUAUUCGCUUAUUAUCUGGAUCUCCAGAAGCAGAGGUACAUCGAGGACAUGGAUGAGCGGGAGAUCAAGGGGCGGUGGAAGAGCUUUGUGGGGAAAUGGAAUAGGAAUGAACUUGCAGAGGGGUGGUACGACCCGGAGAUGUUUGCGAAAUGUGCGGCUGAGAGUUCAAGGCCGGACGAGCCAAGGGACGAGCCAAAAGAAGAGCCCGAGAGGGAGAUUUCUACGAAACGAGAUGCGGCACCACUAGCUGGGGAUAGUGAUGGCGAUGACUACGGACCGACUCUUCCGUCAUCUGAUCCUCGCCGUCAAAUAGGUGCAAAGGCCGCGACAUUCCAGGACCUGUCGUUACGAAACGAGCUCGUCGAAGAGCAGAGGCACGCGGACCGCGAGGAGUUACGACUGGCCCGCAAGGCGGAUAGAGCUGUUCAAAAGGAGCGUCUGGAGGAGCUGGCGCCGCGGGCGGAAGCAGGUACCCGGGAGCGCCGGCUCGAAAAGAAGAAGGAGGUGAAUGAUAAGAUGAAGCAAUUUAGGGACAAGAGUCCGGGGAUGGAAGCUGGUGAUGAGAAGGAGAUCAUGGGCGGAGGCGAUGAGCUGGAAGAGUAUAAGAGAAUGAAGGAGAAGGAGCAGAAGCGCAAGUCAGAACGACAGGUGAGGAGAGAGGAGUUUGAGAGGGCGAGGAGGGAGGAGAUGGAGGAGAGGAGGAGGGCGUGGCAGGAGAGAGAGGAGGGCACGGUUAGUAUGCUGAGAGAGUUGGCGAAACAAAGGUUUGGAUAA